UGGCCAUGAGCACGAGUACUCAAAAGGAUAAAACUGCAAGGAUUAGAUAUAUCUUACUUGAAGAUAAGUAUGGACAGAAACGUCAAAUAAGUGGUAUGGUGAGGCAAUUUAUUGACACUGAAAUUGAAGUUGAAAAGGGUAUUCUGCUCAAGCUGCUGGAUGAUGUCAAAGACAAGCGUGGAAUUGUGCAUAAAGAGGAGAAGAAGGUGCAACUAGCCUCAAUUGAAAGGGAGGAUGUAACGCUCGUAUGCUCAGUUUCAGACAUCUUCCAGUUGUCCAGUGUUGAAGCUGACCUGUUGUUAGCUAUUUCAAGUCCUGCAAUUCGUAUGCAGGUGCUGCAUAAUGAUGAGUGGCUGAGAGAAGGAAGCAGCAUCAAGGAAGGGGAUUUAAUUGAUGUCUACCUGCAUGGCCUAUCUAAAGCAGCCAGUGGCAUCGUUAGAUAUAGGGGCACUGUACUUGGAUUCAAAGGCACCAUGUUUGGAAUAGAGAUGACUUCUUCUUCAGAGAUUCUACAGACUGCGGCAACUGAUGGAGUUUGGAAUGAAAAGCAGUACUUCGAGUGCCCAAUAGGAAAGGGGCUGUUUCUGCCACUCUCUCAGAUAAGGCUGCGUGUUGCAGUUAUCCCACUGAAUUCCAGAAAAGGUCGCUCAGAGAAGUAUGCAGCAACAGCAGAGAGCCCUUUUCCAUCUCGAACACUAUGUGUUGAGCCUCCAUUGGCCACAGGAGACCGAAUAGUUUGGAUGAGUGACAUUGGGCCCGAACAUGGUCUUGUGCGCUGGAUUGGUUAUCUUCCAGAGGUCGGACCAGAAUGGACUGUCGGGGUGCAGUUUGACCAUCCUGUGGGGACAGGGACUGGCAGGUAUCAUGACAGACAACUUUUUGAAACCAAGCCCAAGUAUGCAUCACUUAUUCCAAUACUUGGUCUGAUGAGGGAAGACGAGUUUCUCCAGCAAACUGUAAAGCAUGGAGUGACAGGGUGUCAGGUUGUGCAGGAACAAAAGAAGAUUUUACAGCAAUUAGAAGACAAGCAACAGGAGCAAAAAUCUUCAAUAAAAUCUGGAACAUUCUCAAGUAUAAGCAAGAAUAGCAGAGAGAGCCUACAUAGAGUAGUACUAACUGAGCGUGACCAUCCUGUAAUUUCGUCCGAUCGAAAGGGUUCUCUCACGCCCUAUACCCAUUAUGAAGAUGUAACCGAAUUGGGUAUCAAAGGUCACAUUGUCCAAAAAUGUGACCUUGAGGUUGGGUCAAUGGUCGAAGUCAACAUGAGUGGUUUGCCAAAAUAUGGGGUUAUCCGGUGGAUUGGAAUAAUCCCUGAGUCAAGCCUAGCCAAACCUAUGGCUGGGGUGGAAAUGGAUGAAGAAAGUGUAUGCUGCACAGAAGGCACUGUCAAUUGCAGGCAAUACUUUCAAUGCCCACCAAAAAAAGGUUUCUUCCUAUAUCUGCACCUCUGUAAGAAGGACUCACGGUUUUUGGAGCAUCCCAAAUCAGUGAACACACAAACUAGCUGUGCCUUUGGAAAUAUGGACAGUCCCUGUGUGGAAGGAGACAUUCCACCACCGGACAUUGAUGAUGUAUCUCUUGUCUGUGGGAAGAGCCGUGGUAUACAGGGACACUCUAACUCAUGCUACCUCGAUGCAACACUAUUCAGCAUGUUUGCCUUCACCCAGGUAUUCGAUACAAUCUUACAUCGGCCAAAGUACAGCGAUGAUAUAAAUGAGUACGAGCAAGUGCAAAAAGUACUCAGAGAUGAAUUUGUCAACCCUCUAAGACAAAACAUGUAUGUACGAGCAGACAGGGUCAUGAAACUGAGAAAGUUUCUUGACCAACUGACGUCAGUCUCAGGACUAACGGGAGAGGAGAAAGACCCAGAGGAAUUCCUGAACUCGCUUAAUCAGAUCUUCAAAGCUGACCCUUUUUUGAAACUCAGUUCUGGCCAGGAUGCAUACCUAUAUCAGGUGUUUAUGGAACGAGAUGAUAAGAUGGUUCUACCUACAGUACAACAGCUGUUUGAAGAGUCAUUCGUCACAUCUGAUCUCAAGCUCAAGGAGAUUCCGUCAUGCUUCAUCAUCCAGAUGCCACGAUUUGGGAAAGAUUACAAAAUGUACAAGCGCAUUGUACCUUCACUGGUUCUUGACAUAACAGAUGUGCUAGAGAAUUCACCACGUCAGUGCAGUAUGUGUGGUAUGCUGGCAGAGUUAGAAUGCAAGCAGUGCUUCCGCCAGUUUGGAGAAUGCCUGGAAAACAUCUCAUUUUGCAGAAAAUGCAUAAUACAGCGGCACAGUCACGCUGGAACGGUAAAUCAUGAACCACGAGAAAUAUUAGUUCCAUCUGAGUUCCAGCAAUACCUCCAGGAGCAAACAGCACAUGAAUGGCAGCCAUAUAGGAUUCCCAGAGUGCAUUUGGAACUCUUUGCUGUCGUCUGCAUAGCAACAAGUCAUUAUGUGGCAUUUGUAAAGAGUGGAAGUGGCUUAAACACACCAUGGGUCUUCUUUGACAGUAUGGCUGAUCGGAAAGGUGAGGAGCAUGGAUAUAACAUCCCAGAGAUCUGUGCCUGUCCAGACUUAACCACGUGGCUCUCAGGGGAAGGUUAUAGUCGCAUAAUGCGUGAAGACCCAUACUUACCCGACUAUGCCCAAAGGCUGCUCUCCGAUGGCUACAUUUGCAUGUACCAGAGUUCCGAGCUGAUGCUAUAUAAGUAAAUUGUUUGAUAAAUUUUGGCCUACGCGCAGAUUUCAUGCUAUCUUUUGCAAAUGAUUCUUCCCAGAAUGACAAAUUAGCCUGUGUGGUGUUGGGUUCGCCCAAGAGCGAAACCUUGUUAUCAAUGGUAUUUAUGUAUGUGAAAUUCUAUUGGCAUUUACAUUGGUAUUACCAACCGUAUAGGAGUAAGCAUAGUAAUUCAUUUUAUAGCUGUUAGUAUUUAAUCAUAGAUAAAUAACUUUAUUUCAUAAUUAAGUGUAAUAAUUUAACUGUAAAGUAAUUAUUAUAUAUAGUUAGUGAGAUUAAUUAGCCAUAUGUGACAAUAUUUAACUAAUGCAUUUAUGUCUGCUGUUAGGACCAACGGGACUAUACCAAUUACAUCUUCGGUCGAUUAUAAAAUGCCGUAAUUACA